GAUUGUUAUGACGAGUCAGUCUUGGCCGUGUCGCCGUCGCAGUCACUUGGCUCUGCUCCGACCCAGUGCUCAGUGCUCCGCCCCGACCCACACCAGCCACCAGUCGCGCCCGGGCCGCAUCGGGACGAAGACGCUACACUAGCAGACGACAGCCGCAGCCGAGCCGCCCAGCAGACGCUGUAGUUUGUCCUUUGGCGCCGUCCACACCACUGCCAACAUGCUGAAAUCCGAGUCCGUCGCCACCGAGAAGAUCGCCAAGACCCCCACGGCCAUCUCCGACGCCGAGUGGGAGGACCGCCUGUCCGAGGACGUGUUCGCCGUCUGCCGCCGGAAAGCCACGGAAAUCCCCUUCAGUGGCCGCUAUCUGUCGCACUUCGAGAGGGGGACCUACACCUGCACGUGCUGCAACGCCGACCUGUUCAGGUCGGACGCCAAGUACCUCUCGGGCUGCGGCUGGCCGUCCUUCAGCUCCUGCGUGGAGGGCAGCAUCAAGGAGCUCCCCGACCUGUCGCGGCCCGGCAGGCCGCGCACCGAAGUCCUCUGCAUCAAGUGCGACUCCCACCUCGGCCACGUGUUCCCAGACGGCCCCGCGCCGACGGGCCUGCGCUACUGCAUCAACUCCGUGUCGCUCAACUUCCAGUCGGAGGAGUGCUGAGCAUGCUGGGCCCCGGGACCCGCCUCACUACAAGACCUCGACUAUAGUGCUGGUGUAGGGUUCGCACGUCGAAAAACUAAAGUCAGACUUGAAAGUGGCGCUUGGAGCGCAGAACUUCUGCUGCGUUGCCCGGAACCGGAACCGGAGCUGUCUGUAGGAGGCAUCGAAAGUGUCGUCAUUGUGUUCGUGGAGCAUCGUCAUCGCCGGAAUAAAGUCGCACAUCUUCAUUUCA